UGCUGCGUGCCUCAAAACUUUGGUGUCAUAAAAACACUUCUUCCGUGGGUAUUUAGAGCUUUUGGUAACAAUCGCUGCUGUCUAUCGAUGGGGUGAGGUGUAGAAACUAACAAUAAUAACCAUCUAAAUUAUGUUUUUCUGGAAUCUAUAGCAAUAUGAAGAGCACUUUCAGUUUUUUUGAGGUUUUACUACUAAUGUGCGGUGUGUUUGGUCCUGAUGAAGAUGAAGUGAAGUCAGUGUCAGUGAUGGAGGGAGAUUCUGUCACUCUGAAUCCUGAUCCUACUCAAAUACAGGGAUUUAUUCUGAUACUAUGGAGGUUUGGAGAUCCAGUCAUUGCUCAAAUCAAUGGAAUUGAGGCCUCCUAUCCCAGUUACACUGAUAUAUUCAGUGGCAGACUGCAGCUGGAUCAGACUGGAUUUCUCACAAUCAACAACAUGAGAAAUAAACACUCAGGACUUUAUACAAUAGAGGUCAUCCAAAGAGCUGGAACUUUAAAUAUGAAAUUCACAGUUACUGUUUAUGAGUCACCAUCUGCUGUUGAUGCUGGUGUAACUGACAUGAAGCUUGUGUCAGUGAUGGAGGGAGAUCCUGUCAUUCUUCAGACUGCCGUUCCUCAACUAACUGGAGAUGAGCUGAUAGUAUGGAGGUUUGGAGAGGAAGGGAAACUCAUAGCUAAACAUGAUAUAGAGGCCAAAAGCUCACCAUUAUAUGAUGAAACUGAUGAGAGUUUAAGAGACAGACUGAAGUUAGAUCAGACUGGAUCUCUGACCAUCACAAACACCAGAAAAACCGACUCAGGACACUAUAAAGUGAAAAUCAGCAGCAACAAACAGACCUUAUACCAGAAAUACAUUGUUACUGUCAGUGGAGUGUUUGAUGCUGAUGCAGAUGAAGUGAAGACAGUGAUGGAGGGAGAUUCUGUCACUCUGAACACUGAUCUCACUCAAAUACAGGGAAUUAUUCAGAUACUGUGGAGGUUUGGAGAGAAAGGUUCCACCAUCGCUCAGAUUGAUGGAAGUGUAAUCUCUUAUAAAGAUGUUAAGGGAUUCAAAGGCAGACUGCAGCUGGAUCCUCAGACUGGAUCUCUCACCAUCACAAAUGUCAGAACCAAUCACUCUGGACCUUAUAAAGCAGAAAUUAUCCACAAAACUGGAACCUCAAAUCAGAAAUUCAGUCUAACUGUCUAUGAGUCUCCAUCUGUUAUUGCUGAGGGUGAAACUGAAUUGAAGAGUGUGUUAGUGAAGGAGGGAGAUUCUGUCACUCUUGAUGUUCCUCAACUAACCGGAGAUGAGCUGAUAGUGUGGAGGUUUGGAGAAGAAGGAAAACUCAUAGCUAAACAUGAUAUAGAGACCAAGAGCUCAUCAUUAUAUGAUAAAACUGAUGAGAGAUUCAGAGACAGACUGAAGCUGGAUCAGACUGGAUCUCUGAUCAUCACAAACACCAGAACCACAGACACUGGAGAAUAUAAAGUGAAGAUCAGCAGCAACAAACUGACCUUAUACAAGAGAUUCAUUGUUACUGUCAGUGGUGUGUUUGGUGCUGAAACAGAUGAAGUGAAGUCAGUGUCAGUGAUGGAGGGAGAUUCUGUCACUCUGAACCCUGAUCUCACUCAAAUAAAGAAAUUUAAUCUGAUACAGUGGUGGUAUGGAGAUUCAGUCAUUGCUCAGAUUGAUAAAAAUGACAUCUCAUAUCCCAGUCACACUGAGAUAUUCAGAGACCGAAUGCAGCUGGACCAGACUGGAUCUCUGACCAUCAGGAACAUGAGAACCAAACACUCUGGACUUUAUAAAGCGGAGAUCAGCCACAGCGAUGGGACCUCACCUAUGCAAUUCAAUGUUUCUAUGUAUGAGUCUCCAUCUGUUAUUACUGGGGGUAAAACUGAAUUGAAGAGUGUGUCGAUGACGGAGGGAGAUUCUGUCACUCUUCAUGUUCCUCAAAUACAAGGAGAUGAGCUGAUAGUGUGGAGGUUUGGAGAAGAAGGAAAACUCAUAGCUAAAGCUGAUAUAGAGGCCAAGAGAUCACCAUUAUAUUAUGAUGAAGAGAGAUUCAGAGACAGACUGAAGCUGGAUCAGACUGGAUCUCUGAUCAUCACAAACACUAGAACCACAGACACUGGAUACUAUACAGUGAAGAUCAGCAGCAACAAACAGACUUUAUCCCAGCAAUAUGUUGUUUCCAUCAGUGGUGUGUUUGAUGCUGAUGCAGAUGAAGUGAAGACAGUGAUGGAGGGAGAUUCUGUCACUCUGAACCCUGAUCUCACUCAAAUACAGGGAGUUAUUCAGAUACAGUGGAGGUUUGGAGAGAAAGGUUCCACCAUCGCUCAGAUUGAGGGAAGUAAAAUCUCUUAUGAAGAUGUUAAGUUAUUCAAAGGCAGACUUCAGCUGAACCAGACUGGAUCACUCACCAUCACAAACGUCAGAAUCAAUCACUCUGGACCUUAUGAAGCAGAAAUCAGCCACAAAACUGGAACCUCAAAUCAGAAAUUCAGUCUAACUGUCUAUGAGUCUCCAUCUGUUAUUGCUGGGGCUGAAGCUGAAUUGAAGAGUGUGUCGAUGACGGAGGGAGAUCCUGUCACUCUUCAUGUUCCUCAAAUACAAGGAGAUGAGCUGAUAGUGUGGAGGUUUGGAGAAGAAGGAAAACUCAUAGCUAAAGCUGAUAUAGAGGCCAAGAGCUCACCAUUAUAUGAUGAAACUGAUGAGAGAUUCAGAGACAGACUGAAGCUGGAUCAGACUGGAUCUCUGAUCAUCACAAACACCAGAACCACAGACUCUGGAGAUUAUAAAGUGAAGAUCAGCAGCAACAAUCAGACUUUAUACAAGAGAUUCACUGUUACUGUCAGUGGAGUGUUUUAUGCUGAAACAGAAGAAGUGAAGUCAGUGAUGGAGGGAGAUUCUGUCACUCUGAACCCUGAUCUCACUCAAAUACAGGGAAUUAUUCAGAUAAUGUGGAGGUUUGGAGAGCCAGGUUUGACCAUUGCCCGAUUUAAAAAUGGGAUCUCGUAUGAUGGGAAAUUCAAAGACAGACUGCAGCUGAAUCAGACUGGAUCUCUGACCAUUAAGAACAUGAGAACCAAUCACUCUGGACUUUACAAACUAAAGAUCGACCACGACACUGGGGCCUCAGAUCAGAAGUUCAGUGUUACUGUCUAUGAGUCUCCAUCUGUUAUUGUUGCUGGUGUAACUGAAAUGAAGCUCAUGUCAGUGACGGAGGGAGAUUCUGUCACUCUUGAUGUUCCUCAACUAACCGGAGAUGAGCUGAUAGUGUGGAGGUUUGGAGAUGAAGGAAAACUCAUAGCUAAAGCUGAUAUAGAGACCAAGAGCUCAUCAUUAUAUGAUAAAACUGAUGAGAGAUUCAGAGACAGACUAAAGCUGGAUCAGACUGGAUCUCUGAUCAUCACAAACACCAGAAACACAGACUCUGGAGAAUAUAAAGUGAAGAUCAGCAGCAACAAUCAGACUUCAUACAAGAGAUUCACUGUUACUGUCAGUGAUCCAGGUUUCUCUGCAGGUGCUGUAGCAGGGAUUGUUGUUGGUGUUCUGCUGCUGGCUGCAGCUGCUGUUGGUGUGAUGUACUACCUUCGCCCCAGUAAUGUACCAAGCCAAACACGUAAGUAUUACAGUUGAUACAGCAAGAGAAAA